AUGAAGUUAUUUUCAGGUCUGUUAACGAAGGAACAGUAUCUGCAGUUUAUACCUGAAUCCCAUCGAGCUGGAUGCUACAAUUCGACAGCAAGUUCGUAUAAGGAUAAUCGAGCCCUGAAUGAGCCUCCAGAGUUAAAGAUUCACUGCAUAGUUGCUCCUCUUGAUUCCACUCAUGAGCUUGUAUCCGCAUAUCUAUGUCGUAGAAAGUCGAUAUAUGAUACGGAUGUAUGUCUUGAUCCUAAAUCUCAAAGUGUGAUUUUUGGUCGUGUUGGAUUUAGUGCAAAUGGCAACAGAUCUUCAGGAUAUACCUUUUCCUCCAGGUUGCCCGUUAAAGAUGAACUAUUGGAUGGAUUUUAUUCCUGCAAAUACCAUAAUCGAAAGGGGGAAUUAAUAUCGAAUCUAAUUGAAAUACAGGAUGCAUAUUAUUAUCACAAGCGUAUGGUGACACGUCCCGUAAAACAGACUGAAUUCUUGCCUCCUUUAUCCAUUAAUGAUCUACCGCUAAGUUUGGAAUGUGGACGAACUCAAGUAUCCGAGGAGUUGCCAAGCUGGGCUGAUGCAGCAUUUCCUAGUCCGUUUAUGUGGUCAUUUUGUGAUGUAGACAGUCCUGAUGGUAUACAGUCUGCUGGUUGUAUGCGUAGAGUUCGACAGACAUCUAUUCAUGUUUCAAAUUAUUUUGAUAGCUAUAUUUUUCCAAACGGCACACUAGUUUUAUACAAACGAACAACUUCAUCUUGGAGAGAUAUGGGUUUGGUGUGCUGGAGUCAUCUGGAUUCUUCAGUUGUCUUCUCAACGUAUUUUGGUGGUUCUUUUGAGCGACCUAGGCUGUUGACAUAUGAUUCUAACAUACCAUUUGUUGGUUAUGGCAUAACUGUCUUAUCUCCACUAAAACAAGAAGUUACUGUUCGGAAAGGUCCGCGCACCGGUCUCAAAUUAGUCACUAAGUACAAAUCAAAUCCUGAAACAACUUCUGUCAAAUGGACUAAAGAUGGCAGACGAAUUCCAUCGGAUUUUCCUGGACACACUGAUUACGUUCUAAAGUUUCCCGAUCUUAUUCACCGAAACCACUCUGGAACGUAUAAUUUACUUGUGGAAAAUGGAAAUGAACGAGUGAAUUUUCAAUUUAUAGUUAGCGUUGUCGGCCCACCUGAAGUGAUACGUGCACCCCCACCGCUAGUUUUAGUCAUGGAAGGAGAGAAUGUCACUUUCAGUUGCCAAUUGGAUUCAUUUAUAACAGAGUCUUUAGAAAUUAAUGGAUUAACCUACCAACCGAAUCCUACAAACUUUCGUACUGAGCUAAGAGAUCAAUAUCCCUACCUGAAAGAUGCUUUAAUUCAACCACUACAAAAAAAUGGUCAUAUUCUAACCUAUUCGGCUAGUAAUUUAUUCUUCACACCCGGUAGUAAAGUUGGACCAACUCAUACUGUUAGCUUGGUUGGAAGAAAUGAAUAUGGGCUAGCUCGUGUCUCUACUGUUGUCAGAGUACUACCUCGACUGAACAUUUUAAAAGCUCCAAAGGAUUACUCUUGUGUUACUGACUGUUUAAAUACUGUUCCGCAUACAUUUGAUUGUGUUGUUGAUUCAGAUCCAUAUCAGUCUGCGUAUACAACACAAACAUGGGAGCUGAAUGGUAUUGCUGUAUCAAAAAUGACAAAAGAUUAUCAACAAUCAAAAUUUAUUAAAACAGAAGGCACUAAAUUAAUAAUUACACCCGUUGAUGAUCCAUCGUUGGUUGUAUUAUUCCGAAAAGUGAAUGUGACUUGUCGUUGGCGCAUAUUCUAUCCAUUUAUAACCUCUCGUGUUGCAGACAUUGAUACAAGACUUUUGGAGCCAAAUAUGAAAGUAUAUGACUCACAUGAUGAUGCAAAGAUUCAAUCACUCAUGACAGCAGCUUUAGACCUUCAAGUUGAUCAUGAUUCAACUCCUGCAUCUGCUAACAUUUCUUGGAUAACUGCUGUGAUCAUUGGUGUUCUUGUUAUCAUUGCAAUCGGAGUAUUAACUGCUUGUCUUGUAAUGCGUUUCCGAGGAGAAACUUAUAUGUUGGAUCGUGAGGAACGCGCUCUUGGAAAUGAUCCAGAAAAGGAGUUACGCGAAAAAGAAGCAUUUCAAACGUAUGAACGAACUGAAGAACCUCCUCUUCGAGGGAGUCGUUGUUCCCUGAACGAUGAUAGCGCUGAAAUUGGAAGUGAUGCCGAUGGGGAACUAGACGACUAUAAUCUCGAUCCCGGUAAAUUCAAUGAGGAAGGUUCAUUUAUUGGUGAAUAUUCCGCAGAAAAGCACAAAGGUACAGUGAGUCGUUUACCCACACUUGAUCGAAAUCAUCAUCCAACAGCUUAA